GGGUUACGUCAUCCCUGCCGAUUGGAUGGCUGCCUCCUGUUGGACAGAGAGGCGGAAGCGACACAAAGACUGCUAACAACAACACUGACCGUUUCCACUGAGUUUGUGUCUUGUGGAGGAGUUUUUGGACCCUCAUGGCUUUACCAGCCCAACUCAGAGCCAUCCAGCACCAUCUGCGGACCGCUCAGGAGCAUGAGAAACGGGACCCGGUGGUGACGUACUACUGUCGGCUCUACGCCAUGCAGACCGGCAUGAAGCUGGACAGCAAGACUCCGGAGUGCAGGAAGUUCCUGGUGAAGCUGAUGGACCAGCUGGAGACGAUGAAGAAGGAGCUGAGCGAAAACGAUUCCAUCACUCAGGAGGUGGUCGGCAACGCUCACAUCGAAAACUACGCCUUAAAGCUGUUCCUGUACGCCGACAACGAGGACAGAGCAGAACGGUUCCACAAGAACAUGAUCAAGUCCUUCUACACCUCCAGCUUGUUGAUGGACGUUCUGUCUGUUUUUGGGGAGCUUUCAGACGAGAACAUUCAGCACCGGAAGUACGCCCGCUGGAAGGCCACCUACAUCCACAACUGUCUGAAGAGCGGUGAGACCCCGCAGUCCGGCCCCAUCGGCAUGGAUGAGGAUGAGGAAGCAGAGUUUGGAGCGGAAGGUUUCUCGGGACAGAGCUUCUCGUAUGGAGGCUCCUUCAGGGCAGAUCUUCCCUCACAAAACCAGAACCAGAAUCAAGGUCCAGCUCCAGGUAUCGGGUUUGCACAGGAUCCGGGAUCAGGUCCAUCGGGCCCCCCUGCAUCGAACUACAACAACAUCCAGAUCCCACCAGGGGCCCACGCACCAGCCAACACUCCGGCGGAGCUGCCACCUCCUUCAGGAGGAGCUGGUAAAACAAUCCCUGCUGCCCGGUCGGUUCCUGCUGUUGACCCAUCACUGCUCAGCGCCCAGCAGCAGGGUGGUGUUCAGCUCUCCCCCGAAGACUUCACCAAGGCGCAGAAGUACUGCAAGUACGCCGGCAGCGCUCUGCAGUACGAGGACGUCGGCACAGCCAUCCAGAACCUCCAGAAAGCCCUGAAACUCCUCACCACCGGCAAAGAAUGAACUCUUUGUCCGUGUCCAGUCUGACUCCUCCUUCCUCCUCUCCUUUUCUUCCAUCUCAACCCCCCACCACUUUUUCUCCCCUCUAUCUGUCUCCAAUCUGGCCCAAAGUGAGCCAAUGGCCACUCUCUAGCGUCAGACGAGGACACGAUGGAAAUCAGACGGAACAAUGGUGGCCUCUGUCCACCGCCGCUCCAAUUGACGGGAAAACUGUCCAACCGACUGCAGGACUUGUGGACUCGUUAGUGACGCCCUCCAGCUGGUAACGAGCUCAUCCUCCUCGCCGGGGUUCACAUCGUUCUCACAGCAGGUUCAAAAUAAAGAAGAUGGAAAAAAACAUCUGUAGGUCCAAAACUCCAACCUGAGUUUGUGUCAUUUUAUCAACUCAAGUUUUUUGUCAACAGAACUGAUGUCAGUCAAUCUGCCCAGAAAUGUAGGAGUGAACUCACUGAUGGUUUCCACUGCCAGGAGGAGUUUAUGUUUUUUUAGAGCUUAGAUUUGAUCCAUGAAGCUUUAUUACAAAUAUAAACCUACAGGUAUCAGUUUGGAUAAAUAAAUCCUGUAAUUCCUGCAGUAAAUUGUUCCACAGAUCAUUUGGUCCAAACUCUAAUUAAUCAACAUCAACAUAAACAAAACCCUUAUUUAGGCUGAAGUUACUUCUCUGAAUUUAAUCAAAUGACUUAAUGAUAAUUGUGACUUAAGUUAGUUUUAAAUUCCUGUUUAUUUUCACACAGUGUUUCAGAGUUUAACAGGUGAUGGGAUUUAAUUGUAAAAACUAAUAAUCCUUUUACUGCUGGAAAACUUUACCUGGAAUGUUUGGCUGAUGCACAUUAAAUUAAGUUAAAGACA